AUGCUUUAUGUGGAUGAUGAACGAAUUGCAUUACGGAGCAAGAGUGACGUUCAGAAGCUCAAGGAGUUACUCAAAAGCAAGUUUAUGAUGAAAAACAUAGGCAAUGGUAAGAAAGUACUGGGAAUGGAGAUUGAGAGGAAUAGACAGAAGGGUUGUUUGUGGAUCUCUCAAGAAGGAUAUCUAAGGAGGGCUGUCUCCAAUUUUCAUAUGGAUCAAGCCAAGUCUGUGGCCACAUCGAUGGGUGCUCAUUUCAGUUUGAAGUCAGCUGCAGGAGGCAACACUAUCAGUUGGAGGUCUCAGCUUCAGAAGGUGGUAGCGCUUUCAACAACAGAGGCCGAGUACAUAUCAUUGUCUGAAUCCAUCCGAGAAGGGAUUUGGCUGAAAGGUUUUGCUAAAGAACUAGGUUUUCUUCCAGACUCGGUGGAGAUAUAUUGUGACUCUCAAAGCACUAUUGCUUUGUCUAAGAAUGCGGUUUUUCACGAGAGGAUGAACACUACAAGAAAACACAAGUUUGGCGAUGAAACUUAA